AUGGCCGACCAGACCCCCGAUUCUUGGGAGGAUGAGCUCUCCAGACAGACCGAGGGCGUCAACCUGAACGCACAAUCUCGCCCCCAGCCUCAAGCGCCUUCUUUCCAUCCGGGAGCCGCCUCGUUCACACCCGGUGCUGCUUCAUUUGUUCCCGGCCAGGCUUAUCAGGGUUACGGAGGCUACCCUCAGUACGCCCAGUACGGCCAGCAGCAGGGCUAUGGUGGAUACCCUGACUAUGCCCAACAGGGCUUCAACCAGUACGGAGCGUAUGGUCAGCAGCCCGGUGGCUUUUACAACCAGCAGCAGCAGCAGCAGCAGUAUGGUUACCAGCAACCUCGUCAGACGCCCCCCGCCGCCGCACAGCAGCCCAAGACGACGCAGCCUACUCAGGCCGCUCCCAAGCCUGCCUCCACGCCGUCCGCCUCUGUUCCCAAGGCUAAGGUCCUCUCUAUCGGCGGCGCCAGCAACUCUGCUUCUGCCCCUAAGACGAAGGUCCUCUCCAUCGGAACCCCCUCCCCCGCGCCCUCUUCGAACGAUACCGCUCCGGGUGACACUAAGGGCGCCGCCGCCGCCGACGCCGCCGCUAAGGUGACCGCCAACAAGGCUGUUGAGAAGACUGAGAAGAAGGCUGAGCAGAAGGCGGCCGCCAGUGGCAAGUCGUCCCCCGCUCCGUCGGGUCGGUCUAGCCCCGGCCGGUCCAGCCCGUCUCGGGGUGAGGCUGCCAAAGCUCAACGUGAUGCCAACGCUGUUGCGAUGGAACAGCAGGCCGAUGUCGACGAGGAUACCCUUAAGGAAAUCUAUGGACAGAAGACCGAGCACGUCAACAUCGUUUUCAUUGGUCACGUCGAUGCAGGAAAGUCUACUUUGGGUGGAUCCAUCCUGUACGUGACGGGUAUGGUCGACGAGCGGACCUUGGAGAAAUACAAGAGAGAUGCAAAGGAACAGGGUCGUGAGACCUGGUACUUGUCGUGGGCUCUCGAUCUGACCAACGAGGAACGUGCAAAGGGAAAGACCGUGGAGGUUGGUCGUGCGCACUUCAAGCUCACCGUGCCGUCGGCUAGCGGACCCAUUGAGAGAAACUUCUCCAUCCUUGACGCCCCUGGCCACAAGUCCUAUGUCCAUCACAUGAUUGGUGGUGCUUCUCAGGCCGAUGUUGGUGUUCUUGUCAUCUCCGCGCGUAAGGGUGAAUACGAGACUGGUUUCGAAAAGGGAGGUCAGACGCGUGAGCACGCACUGCUUGCCCGAAACAGCGGUGUCCAGAAGCUCAUCGUCGCUGUCAACAAGAUGGACGACCCCACUGUCGAGUGGAGCAAGGCUCGUUUCGACGAGUGCACGGUCAAGGUGUCCAAGUUCCUUGAGGCUCUCGGUUACAAGAAGACCGACCUGACUUUCAUGCCCAUCUCCGCUCAGCAGACGUAUGGUGUCAAGGACCGUGUUCCUAAGGAUCUCUGCUCUUGGUACGAUGGCCCCUCUCUUCUGGAGUACCUGACGGAGAUGAAGGUCCCCGAGCGUAAGAUCAAUGCUCCUUUCAUGAUGCCCAUCACCGCCAAGUAUCGUGAUAUGGGUACCAUGGUUGAGGGACGUGUCGAGUCCGGCGUCAUCAAGAAGAACGGUACUUGCAUCAUGAUGCCCAACCGUACGAAGGUCGAGAUCGCCGCGCUCUAUGGCGAGACCGAGGACGAAAUCGCCACGGCUACUUGUGGUGAUCAGGUCCGUAUGCGUCUGCGUGGCGUGGAAGAAGAAGAUCUUCUCCCUGGCUUCGUGCUCUGCUCCCCCAAGCGUCUUGUGCACUGUGUUUCCAGCUUCGAAGCCAAGAUCCGAAUCCUGGAACUCAAGAACAUUCUUACCGCUGGUUACCAGUGUGUCAUGCACGUGCACUCUGCUGUUGAAGAGGUUGCCUUCAGUGCCCUUCUGCACAAGCUGGAGCCUGGUACAGGACGUAAGAGCAAGCGUCCUCCUCCCUUCGCCAGCAAGGGCCAAACCAUCAUUGCUCGUCUCGAUGUGACUAGCGCCGCCGGUGCUGUCUGUGUUGAGCGAUUCGAGGACUACAACCAGAUGGGUCGGUUCACUCUUCGUGACCAGGGACAAACCAUCGCUAUUGGUAUGAUUACCAAGCUCAUUGGUGCCGACAACAACUAA